AUGAGAAAUGCUGGGCUGGAUGAAGCACAAGCUGGAAUCAAGAUUGCCGGGAGAAAUAUCAAUAACCUCAGAUAUGCAGAUGACACCACCCUUAUGGCAGAAAGUGAAGAGGAACUAAAGAGCCUCUUGAUGAAAGUGAAAGAGGAGAGUGAAAAAGUUGGCUUAAAGCUCAACAUUCAGAAAACUAAGAUCAUGGCAUCUGGUCCCAUCACUUCAUGGCAAAUAGAUGGGGAAACAGUGGAAACAGUGUCAGACUUUAUUUUUGGGGGCUCCAAAAUCACUGCAGAUGGUGACUGCAGCCAUGAAAUUAAAAGACGCUUACUCCUUGGAAGGAAAGUUAUGACCAACCUAGAUAGCAUAUUAAAAAGCAGAGACAUUACUUUGCCAACAAAGGUCCGUCUAGUCAAGGCUAUGGUUUUUCCAGUGGUCAUGUAUGGAUGUGAGAGUUGGACUAUAAAGAAAGCUGAGCACCGAAGAAUUGAUGCUUUUGAACUGUGGUGCUGGAGAAGACUCUUGAGAGUCCCUUGGACUGCAAGGAGAUCCAACCAGUCCAUACUAAAGGAGAUCAGACCUGGUUGUUCAUUGGAAGGACUGAUGCUGAAGCUGAAGCUCCAGUACUUUGGCCACCUCAUGUGA